AUGUCACUCUUUGCGGUUGACAUAGGUGAAGGUGAAGAAAAUGAUAUUGAAAAGCCCGUUCCGAUCUUUUUAAAACGCAAUGAUAAUGAUGUUAGAGUAAGGAAUCAACGUUAUAAAAUAUCUCCAAAAAGAAGAAAUAAACGUAGACAAAUGAAUAGUUCGAAAUCAGUUAACGAUUUAACUGAAAAGCAGAUUAUCGAAUUCGAAAUGAGCGAGCAUUCAGCAGUUAAUCCUUCUGAUUUUGAACUUAUCGACGAGAACCAAGAAAAUGAUAAAACAACAAUUGAAACCCGCAAAGAUCAUCUAGGAACAGCAAAUGAAAUCAAAGAAACUGCUCCACUUCAACAAAAAACUGAUCCUCAUAUUAUUGAUCAAGAUAUAAAUGCAAUAUCUCAUAAAGAACCAGAUAACCAAGUAGCAUUACAUUCUAGUACGUUAAUAAAGAAUGAAAUCACAGAAUAUUCUGUUACAAGAGAAACCAAAAUGAGAAUUAAUGGAAAAAGCAUAUAUUUUGUAAUGAAACAGAAUAACAGUACAGUAUAUGCAGCUAAAUACAAACAAAAAUUCGAUAUAAUUCCAAUAUUUCGAGAUUUAGAAAAUACACAUUUUCAUUCAAAAGCAACUGAUUAUGUAAUCAAUAUUGGUAAGGGAAAUCAUGAUUUUUCCUUGAGAACUAAGACAAGAAUCGGAAGAGAAUUAUUAUCAAUAAGAUAUUUCACUCAAUACGAUUUUCUUGCACGUAGCUCGAUCCUAACUUUCUUCUCUAUAUCAAAUUCUGAUCCUUUUAAAUUAGUCAGCUUAAAUUAUGUAAAAACAAAAUUUGAAAAGAAUUUUCCAACAAAAAGUGUUAAAAAUGCAAUUUAUUGCCAGAAAAAUGAAAAUGAUCCAAUAAUUCUUGUUAAAAAAGUUGGAAAAAAUGAAUUAAUUAUUCAAAAUUCAAUGAAUAUCGAUCCGAUAUAUCCAUUUGCUCUAGCAAUUUCAGCAUUUUUGUGUUCAAUUACAUGA